AUGACUAAAAGAGAUAUUCAAGCUGCAUUGGAACAGCAAGAAGAAAAAUCAGAUGAAAAGUAUUUUUGUUUAAUUCGUCCUAAUCCACACCAGUAUGUAUGGAGAAUACCACACAAAGAGUUUGAUGAUGAUUGCCUUGUUCUGGCAAUUAAAUCUAAAGGGGACCAAUACCCCAACAGUAAUGGGAUAUUUCAACAUGAUGGUGCCUCGGUCCACAGGAGCAAGAUUGUUAAAAGAUACUUAGCUAACAAGGAUAUUAAAACAUAUUUAUAUUUGCAG